AGUCAGCACGAGGUAAGCGUAAUAAUACAAUCACAUUGUGUCUGCGAAUCAUGCGCAAACCUACCAGCUACAGCGAUUACACAAUGUUUUCCCCAGAGUCAGCGCAUUGAAAACAAACCGCCAAAAAAGUUUUUCUCUAUUCAAUGUUUAGUGGCUUGCUCAUUCCUUAAACUGAAAGUCGCUGUCCAUCUUCUUGAAAUUUAAAUCUUUCAUAGAGAGAUUUCAAUUGAAAAAUAUGUCAAAUUCUCUGAAAAUAACAUUCAACAAUAAUCCAAAUGCAAUUUAUUAUCCCAAUCAAACUGUGUCAGGAUCUGUCGAAUUGAGAGCCAUCAAAGCUAUCAAGAAUGUGAGAGGACUUAAAUUGAUCGUGGAAGGGUCAGCAGAAGCUAAAUGGACUGUUUCAUCCGGAACCGGAAAUAAUAGAAGUCUCAUAACAUAUUUCGGUGAAGAGAAAUAUUUGCAAUCGAUUACGUAUUUAUUUGGUUCGAGUGAUGGUGAAAUUCAGGAAGUUGCUGCAGGAAUACAUAUUUAUAACUUUGUGUGCCAAUUACCGUUGACGAUUCCUUAUUCCGUUGAUGGAGAACACGGACAUGUCAAAUACAAUGUUGAUGCCAAUUUAGACAUUGCAUGGACCUUUGAUUUACAUGACAAGAAACCUUUCACUGUCGUACGUUAUGAAGAUUUAAGCAUUUACUCUGAACUUCGACUACCGAUAGAAUAUGAAGAAGUGACAACUUUUUGUUGUUUCUGGUGUGAAUCAGAUCCUUUAAUUGUAAAAGUUCGUCUUCCAAAAUCGGGUUAUGGAUUAUCAGAAAAGAUUCUUGCGAAUGUCGAAAUCAACAACAAAAGUACAACGAAGGUAUUACACACAGAAUUUUCAUUGAAAAGAAUUGCACGUUUUAUCAGCAAAACUCCAUCGGUUGAGACAAAAGAAGUUAAAGAAACAGUGGCUGAAGUUCAAGGGAAAGGUGCAGAAAGAGGAGAAAUGGUGACAUUUGAACAAAUUGUUGAAGUGCCUCCAGUUCUCAUGAUCUCGAACAAUCGCUACUGCAAAGUCUUUCAAAUAACUUAUGAGCUUAAAGUUACUUUUGUAACGGACGGAAUGAAAGUGUCACCAGAAGUACAUAUCCCAAUCACAAUCGGCACCGUUGGAAUAACAAGCAAUGAAUUUCAGUCGUCAGCACAGAUGACUACAAAGCCGAACAUUUUACCUGCAUCAUUCAAUGAUGCAAUCAAAAAAUUCUAAACCAAUUUAAGUCUCAACCGACUUCAGACAAUUGACAUACAAUUUAAGAUUGAAAGAACUUUGAAUCUCCUUUCUGCUGAAUAUUUUUAUAUUAACUAGUUUUAAGAGUCUGCUGCAUUAACACAAUGAUCAAGGAAAACGCUUUAAUUGUAAAUUUUAUGUGCUCUAUGUAUAUUAUCAAAGAAUUUCAUAUAAAUCUAUCAGAAUGAAUAUUUAUUGAUUUAAAUUUUAAUAAAAGGACAUUAAAUGAAAUCAAAA